UGCCUGGGUGUUCACACACACACACACACACUCACGGUCACACACAGCAGGUUGCGGUCACUCGGACAGCGUUUGGCGCCAGUGCCCCGAUCACCUCCAGUCACCAUGUGGGACUCGCUCCUCUGCCUCCUGCCCUCUCUGCUGCUGCUCCUCGUCGCAGCUCUCCUGCGCUGGUCACCGGCGUCCAGCUUGCUUGAGCGCGGCUCGAGAAGGGCCACCUGGAUCCUGUGGAGGGGGGUCUGCUGGGUUCUAGAACUGCCAAUACCGACACGUGGCGAGUGGACCGAUGGACGCUCGGACACAGGCGACGCAGAGCCCAGUCUGGUGUGCAAGCCCACGGCGCUGGCCCACCACCUCCUCCUCCACUGCCGCACUCUCCUGCGCCCCUCGCUGGCUGCCUGGCCUCAGGGCGACCCUCACCUGCAAACCCUCUCUAGCCUACUGUGGCCACUAGAUGGCUCUGCAGGUGGUAAGGUGCGCUUCACCCGUGACCACCUGCUCCUGAAUGACGGGGGAACCGUGGCCCUGGACUGGGCUGUGGGGCUGAGGGGGGAGCCGCUGCUGGGCGCUAAAUGCGAGCAGCAGCUUGGGGUGUGCAGGAGUCCAGGCUGCCGUAGUUGCAGCAGCCCCCCGAUCCUCCUCCUCAUCCCCAACUCCCUGGGCACGGUGACCCCCCAUCUCCAGCGCCUCUGCUCCCUGGGGCUGUGCCGGGGCUACUACCCGGUCGUCUUCCACCGGCGUGGCCAGGGCGGUUGCCCGCUGACGACGCCCCGCUACCAGGAGUUCGGGGACCCCCGGGACCUGGUUCAGGCCGUGGCUUACCUGCGCGCCCGGCACCGCUCCGCCAUGCUCCUGGCCGUCAGUGAGGGCUCUGGCUCAGGAUUGCUGCUCUCGUACCUGGGCGAGUGCGGAUCAUCGUCCUACCUGACGGCUGCAGCUUGCAUCUCACCCGUGCUGCACGGGCGGCUUUGGUUCGAAACGCCAGUUCCAUCCCUCUACCACUGGGGUGCACUGUUUUACCACAAGCUGCAGAUCAGCAGGUAUGCCAGUGCUCUGAGCUCUCUAAUGGACGUAGGGCAGCUCCUGAGGUGCAGGUCUCUUAAAGACAUGGAGGAGCUGAUGUUCUGCGGCACCCCCAAGCCCACAGCGGUCAGUGCAGAGGGACAGAGCCCAGCGGACGGCGCUAAGGGCUGGGAGGCCUACUGGGAGCGCAACGAGCCCCUGCGGGAUGCAGACGAGGUGGCAGUGCCCGUGCUCUGCCUGUGCAGCGCCGACGACCCCCUCCUGCCCCCGGCCUCCACCCUCCCCACCUCCCUCUUCCACAACAGCCCCUACUUCCUGCUGGCACUCACCGCCUGCGGCGGGCACUGCGGCUUCUUCGCCCAGGCGGGCACCGGGGGCGGGGGCGGCGGUGGCAGCGGCAGUGGCGGCACGGGCACUGUGGCCUCCUGGAGCCAUGAGGCCGUGCUGGAGUACUUCCGGGUGGCGAGCGACUUCCUGAAGGGGGAGGAGAAGAGGAGGAGGAGCAGGUUGGCCCAGGAGCAGGACGUGGGGGGUCAGGUCCAAGGAUGGAGGCGCAGGAGCAGCACCGUGCUGGCCCGGCGGAGCAAGCCAGUGCUGCCGGUGCGCAGGGAGAGGCACCUGACCCAUCAGCCUGCCCAGACCGCGCUCGCAGAGGACCUGUUCACCUGGAACAGGUCGUACACACGCUGACCCUGAGCACACAGCUGUAGCAUUUAGAGACAGAAGAGACUGUCUGUUGAACGAACUGGAAGGGAUAAGUUCCUGGGACCUUGUACCAGAGCCAGGUAAAGACACAACUCCAGAAGUUCAAAGUUGGUAAGGGUCAAGAGAAAACAUUUUAUGACUGGUCAUAUCGUAGAGUUGUAUUACACAGACAACUUCCUGCCUAUUGAUAAAGUUAUCCUGCUCAGCUGGAGGCCAGUACACACAGGACAAAACAACUGUUCAAUGUGAAUAGUCAGCCCACCUGCAUGGCAACUACCAAACUUCCUUAACAUUCCAUAGAAUCAACUUCAGAUUUACCACACUGACUGUUUUGUUCCUAGACUCUCAAACACGGGAAGUAUUGCUAUAAUUAUAAGGUAGACACUGUAGUUCACAUUUAUCAGUCGCUGAGAUCAAAUGUGACCAAAACACAAACUGACCUUUAACCGUGUUGAUUGUGAAUCGUAAAUAUUGUGAGCAAGAAACAACAUUCCAAAUAGGUCACUGCAACCCUUAUUUGGAAGAUGUGCCAUUAACUUCCACCUCCUCUCUCUGUAAUACAUGGACUCAAAUAUAUUACUAUACCACCAGCCCAUGGAAAAGAUUUGUUACAUCUGUUUCAACACACCUGUGACUGUACUAGCCCAGGCUGUCUUUUUAAUAACUGGCUAAGGACAACACAUGAGCACACACAGUCAAUGCUGGCUUUAUUACAGCAUUCAGUCUGUCAAUUAAUGAGCAUUUGCCCGAUCAAAUUAACAAAUAAAUAAAAUAAAAUAAAGCACAAAAUGACAAACAUAGCGAUAACAUUACCUUAUGAAACAGCUAUGUGAAAGAAUAAUGAGACGGGAGAUGUACUAAAAUUACUUUAUUACAUUUGAUUCUUUGUCCAGUAGCCCUCUGCCCACAAAUGGAGUAAUUACAAACAAAACAUUACAUUUGAC